CCUCUGUAUGGGUUACUUCAGGCAAAGCUGCAACUCAUCACACAUGCGUAUUUUGAAGAAAAAGACUUCUCUCAAAUUUCCAUUCUGAAGGAACUCUAUGAGCAUAUGAAUAGCUCUCUGGGAGGAACUUUGUUGGAAGGGUCACAAGUUUAUCUUGGUCUAUCUCCUCGGGAUCUUGUUCUUCACUUUAGACACAAGGUCUUGAUCCUUUUUAAAUUGAUUCUUCUAGAAAAAAAGGUGCUGUUUUACAUUUCUCCAUAAAAUAUGAGUUAAUUUAAUUUGUAUUAAGGUGCUGCUAUUCACAUGUGAUAUCACUUUCCAGGUAUGAUUGAGCAUGGUCUUACUGACUGCUCACAGUAUAGACCAAGAAAGAGCGUGUCAGAGGAUGCUGGCUUGCAGGAAACCACUCCACGGUUAGAUGGUGAUGUUUCAAAUACAAACUUGGGAAUGGGAAAGGGAGGCAGGAAGAUGGCAGGAGAACACUCACCGGAAGGUCAAAAAGCCCAUGUGCCUUUUCCUCAGUCGGAGAAGCCUUGCAAUGGAGCUCAGCCCCCCAACGGUGCCGUGCAGCGCUUGAAAGUUCCUUUCCGCACUUCUCCAGAGUCUUCUGAAAGUGACUGGGAGACCUUAGACCCUAGCAUUUUGGAGGAGCCUAAUCCCAAAGGAGAAGGGGAAAGCAAAGCCCGUGACCCGGCUGCAAGCCGACCGCAGGAACGCGCCCGCUCCGAAGGCCUCCCCAUCACUGUGCAGCCCCAGGCGAACGCAGGGCACGCGGUGCUGGUUCCGGGCCUGGUGUCCGGCCUGGAGGAGGACCCGUUUGGCAUGCCCCUCGCUGUCUUCACAAAGGGCUACCUUUGUUUGCCGUAUAUGGCACUGCAGCAACAUCAUCUCCUCUCAGACGUCUCGGUCCGUGGCUUUGUUGCUGGAGCCACCAACAUCCUGUUCCGUCAGCAGAAACACCUGAGCGAUGCCAUCGUAGAGAUAGAAGAUGCUCAUGUACAAAUCCAUGAUCCAGAACUCCGCAAGAUCCUGAACCCUACAACGGCUGACCUGAGGUUUGCAGAUUACUUGGUGAAGCACGUGACUGAAAACAGAGAUGAUGUUUUCCUUGACGGCACUGGUUGGGAAGGAGGAGACGAGUGGAUCAGGGCUCAGUUUACUGCGUAUCUUCACGCGCUGCUCGCUGCUGUGCUGCAACCAGACAAUGAAAAGACAUUGUCAGACUUUGGAACGGCGUUUGUAGCAGCCUGGAAAAAUACCCACAACUACAGAGUAUGGAACAGCAACAAGCACCCAGCUCUUGCAGAGGUAAAUUCUAGCCACCCAUUCCAGGGCCAGUACUCUGUAUCAGAUGUUAAAUUAAGGUUGUCACACUCAGUGCAAAACAGUGAACGCGGAAAGAAGAUUGGGAAUGUGAUGGUUUCCACUAGCCGAAAUGUGGUACAAACAGGAAAAGCUGUAGGUCAGUCAGUUGGAGGAGCCUUCACGAGUGCAAAAUCGGCCAUGUCAUCCUGGUUUUCCACUUUUACGCAGUCAACACAAAACCUUGGGGACUAAGCAGUGCUGUUGCACGGUGCUGCUGAAUAUUGCAGGUGCAGUGGCUUCUCUCAGCUAUAAAAAGACUGCUUCAAAAUGUAGGAGUGGAGACAUGCAGUCCAGGACCAAAACCAAGCCCAUGUUGCUUGCAGACAGAUGUGGAGGGUUAUCAGUCGGUUUCACUAGAGGUGUAGAAGAAUGGUGAGUGUCUCCACACAACGGGAUGGCGUUUGCAGCAUAUUGGCUUAAAAUGACUACUUUUCUUUAAAUCUGAGCCUUUAUUAAAGACACUAGCAAAGAGGGCUUGUUGCAAGCCAAAUGGGGUCAACCUCAGAUUUGUCCAUUUUCUUGGAUGUUGAAGAUAUUUAUGUAAAUUAGCUAUAUUUUUCAAUUCAGAUAGCCAAAUGUUUGUGCAUUCUUGUUAGAAAUAACCAGAGUAUGAAUACUGAUUUCUCUUUCAGGUUAGAUUCGAGAGCACAUCUGCAAAAUUAUAUGGGGGGAACAUGUAAAAGGUUCCAAGCCAGGUGGAACCACCUCGCUUUGAGCCGCAAAUUAAAAUCAGCAGGGUGCAAAGUGACCCUCGGGCUGACUUGAGAUUUUUUCUUUC